UAUACUCCCUCAUAUAGUCAUAUAUUCUUAUUUUGAGAAAAUCAUAUACUCCACAUUUAUUUUCCAAAAAUAAAAAUUAAAAAAACAACAUAUCAUCUUCAACAGCUCAACUCCUCAAGACCUCAACUCCUCAACCCCGGUUUCUUCUCCAAACCCGCGAAAUGGUGAAUUACUUUUGGCUCCAAAAUUUAUUCAUUAUGAAUCAUCAGUUACUCCACUUUUUAGUUGUUGAUCUCAUUAUACAACACACUCAUCACCUUAAAAUCAUCAUAUCCAUCAAUCGGUUACUCACCUCCUUUCUUUCUACUCAGUUGGGUUUGAUGUCGGCAAAGUUGUCGUUGUUUUCUGAAUUUCAAUUCUCCAAGUAUGACAAAGAAAAAUGCCACUAAGCUUGGAGCUAUAAGAGGUUCAGGUGAUGAGCAUCAAACUCAUGAACCAAGAAUGGAAGAAUAUGAAAGGCAGAGAAUGGAAAAUAUUAAAAAUAAUAUGUCAAGAAUACAAGAAUUAGGUUUGAAGGAACAGGCUAAGUCACUGAUGGCGCAAGUUCAAAAUAAUAGAGGCAAGCACAGUAAGAAUAAAAUGAAAAAGGUUUCAGGAGACGAUGAGCUCUAUAGGCCUAACCAAGAUAUGGAGCAUGAACUUGAUUCCACCGAUGAAGAUUUACCAAUUCCACAUUCUAACAAAAGAGACAAGUCCAAUUCUAUUCAAUGGAAGAUUCACAAAAUGAAGGCCCUGACUCGAAAAGCAGUGACAACAGCUUUGGCAAAACGUCGACAGAAUGUUGAUUUGGAUUCUUCACAUGAUGGCUCAUCUACCCCUAAUCAUACAUUGCAAGAACCAGUUGAAAUGCUCAGAUUAGAAGUUGAACACUUAAAUCAUGACAAGAAUGAUAAAGAAAAUGGCAAGCUAUCUUUCAUUUUUGUAUUUAAAAAUGUUUACUUGCAUGCAUGAUCAGUCAUUAUCUUUUUUUAACUUUUGAAUUUCUUUGCUAAUGUUAGCUGAAGAGGAUAAGCCUAGAAGAGGACCCACUAUGUGCUACAAAGUCCAUGGACGCAGCAAAGAAGAACGCUUGGAAAUUACCUUGAAUGAGCAUGGACAACCUGUUGGUCCUGAUGACAAAACAUGCAAUGAGUUCAUUAGCUUCUUAGGAUCAAUAGCUCGAAAAGCAAAUAUCCUACCAUUGACUAUCAAGAAUUGGCCCGUCCUAAGAACGAGAAGAAAGAAGAACUUUGGGAUUAUGUGUUGAAACAUUAUAUUGUCCCAAUUGAGGCCAAAAAAUGGGUUUCUCAAACCGUUGGUGCUGCUUGGAGAAGGUACAAAUGUUAUUUGAAAAGAGUACACUUUCAUAAAUAUGAUAAUGACAAAAAAAAGGAUGAUCAAACGACCAAAACGAGUCCCAAAAAAAUGUUCCAGGACUUGUUAAAGAUUUGGAAUGAUGACAAAUAUGAGGAACGAUGUAUGCAAAAUAAAGCAAAUCGAUUAGUUGGAAAGGAAAGGAACAUUAUGCAUACUUCAGGACCAAAGAGUUUUGCUAGGGUUCGAUAUAAGUGGAAUGAACUUGAGAAAGUAGAUUCAAAGAAGGAGGUUGAAAGUGUGAUUUCAACUAUUAUUGGUAAUAAUAACAAGAAGGCUUUGAUAAAGGAAGUUGAAGAGAAUCAUGCUCUAGAGGUUCAAGCUCUACAAAAAGAUUACGAGGACAAAAGGAAACAAGAUAGAAGGGAGAUAGCAAAUGGUCUUAGCUCCAUCAUUUCUCAACUUCAACAACAAAAUCCUCAAAUGUCUUUUGAUCUAAGCAUGUUUGGCUCUUUAUUUCUUGAUAGUCAAUGUGAUAAAGAUGAUAAUACAACACAAAUGCUUCGACUUCAACAUCCAAGGGAGUGAAUAAUGUGGAGGAUGAACAAGAAGAAGAUGAAGCAGGCAACGAGUAAGAAGAAGAAGAAGAAUGUGACGUCAUAAUUUGAAGUUGCUCCAACUUUUUUUUAUUGUUAUUUCUCGCUCGGACAUAAUUAUUUUAUUUUGUUUAUCAGCUAGACUAAUAUUAUGAAACAAUAGUUAAUUUAGAUAGGAUUUGAUGUUGUAAACAUUUUGAUACCGCUUUUGCUUUUUUUUUUUACUAUUUAAUUUUAUAAGUUUAGGAUUUUCUAAUUAAAUGCUUAUUACAUCUUUUAAUGUUUAACAUUUUUCUAAUAUAACUAAUUCACAAGAAUAUGAUGCAUUUCCAUUCUUUAAACAUAAUGUAGUAAUAUAU